AUUAAAAAGGAAGCUACCGGGAAUCCGAUAAAAGGCAACUCAGGUUUCACUCUUUCCAUGCACUUUGCCUUUCCUUUUGCUUUUAAGACAAACCAACUGUCUUUAAAACCAAAAACACUAGAUCUGCAACCUGGAGAAGGUCUCUUCUUUGGUCCGUUACCUCAUUAAAGCAAUUUGCCUUGCAAAGAGAAGUGAAAGGACCAAUGAAGCGUAGGAGCUCGACUAGCAAGAAGAACGAGGAAGACGAGGACCGGGGAAGACGUAUUUCAACCCGUCAAGAUCAAGACAACUCUCACCAUGAGGAACUGGAAUUCCAGCUCCAUCCGGAUGCAACUGCAAAAGAUUUCCUGCCAAGGUCCAGCAGAUCCCGACGACUGCGGCUUAUGGCAUACACGCAAGUCAAUCAUUAUGGAGAUAGAUCUUGUAAUACCUCUUCUCCCUGCAUCUUUAGAACUCCUUUUCCUGGAUUAGCAUUCCAAGAGCCUCAAUUGGCUUCUAUAGGGCCUUACCAUAGGGGUAAAAACCUUCCACUUGACAAAUGCAAGUAUUCACUUCUUGAGAAAUUUCUGUCUCGGACAAGAAACCUAGGCAAAGAUUUAUGCUUCUAUGUCCGACGGAUGAUGAAACUGGAACGACGUACAAGAAGAUGUUACUCAGAGGAUUUGUCAAUGCCCAGCGCCGAAUUCGUUGAAAUGAUGUUAGUUGAUGCUUGCUUCAUAAUUGAGGUCCUACGCCGUUUUGGCAGAAGGAGUGAAGAAUUUGUAGAUGGGGAUUUAAGUUUCCCCAUUGAACCAUGGCAGACCCCCAUUUUGGUUCGAGACCUGCUCUUGCUAGAGAACCAAAUUCCUUUCUUUAUUCUUGAAGAGUUGUCUGCUUUAUCAAAGAGUGAAGAAGGGACCAUAACAGUUUCUGUUUCUGUAAUCACUAUGGCCUACAAAAUUUUUGAUCUAGCCUUCCCUCGAUCCUUGGAUUUCGCCUGCAAAUUCAACCAUUUGGAAGAACCCAAACAUUUACUUGACUUGUUUCUCCAGACCAUCCGCCCAUCAAAACCAUCGACGACUUCACUCCCCUCGUUUCUCAAGGAUAUCAUUUCAGUUUGUUACUUACUUCUCCAUUACAUCAGAAGUAGGUACCAAAUGCGCAUCACAAAAGUAGCAGACAGUCAAAUUCUAGAAACCUCUACCACCAGCUCAAAGCAAAAGGAAUAUCAACUGUCUAAGCAUUCGAAACCAUCAACCUCAAAGACAGCCAAACUUGAACAGGUUCAUCUCUCAAAAAGUGCACGGGAACUCCUAGAGUCAGGUAUAGAGUUCAGGCCACGAAGAGCCGAUAGGUUCACGGAUAUCCAAUUCAAGGACGGAGUGCUUGAAAUCCCACCUGUAACCGUCAAUGAUCUCUUUAUCGUCAUCCUUGUUAACGGCGUGGCCUUGGAGCAUUGUUCUACUGGACGCUCCAAAGAUUUGACCGCUUAUGCCUCUUUCAUGAGCAGUUUGAUUAAAUGUCCGACUGAUGUAGAGUGCCUAUGUUCAGAUGGAAUUAUCUCUAGAUUUUCCAACGACGACGUACAGGUGGCGUCUUCUUUCAAUUCUCUUCAACCUAAUAUUUCUGAUUCUGAUAUUGACAAUAUUCAAGAUUCCUACCUCUACAAGACAAUAAUGGAAACAAACCGCUAUCGUGAGGGGGAUGGAAUUACUUGGCUGCGCCAUUGUUUGAGAGAUCCCAGGAUUGUUUUAUUCUGUAUCACCAACCUUUGCUGUGCUUCCUACUGGUUAAGUUUGGCUUCUUUGACAUUGCGUCUGGUACCGGUAAUUAUAAUUCGUUGGUGCCAAUGGCAAUCAGAAUUAGAUGAAAGUCAAAAAUCGAUCAUUCAAGAAUCGGAAAUAUUGAUUGACCAAUAUUUAAUUGACGUUAUGUUUACAAUUUUUUUCUCGCCCUUGUAGACAUGUUAUUUUUAAAACUUAUUUCUUGCCCUUGUAAACACCAUUUUGAUUAUUGUACUUUACUUUGAUUUUAAUUUU